UCGCAUCAUUAUCAAAACUCCCUGGUAGGGCUUCGAAUCUCCCGACUCGUCUUCUUUCUUCUAUCCUCCAGAUUUCGUAACAGUUCCAUCUGAAUUUCAGACGCUUCGAAUUGAAUUGAACGAACCAUAUCAACCUCUCUAUGGAUGCAAAAGCUUUAGCAAAAUCGAAAAGAGCUCACUCUCAACACCACAGUAAGAAGUCUCAUCCAAAUCAGAAAAAGAAAGCCCCCUCCAAUGGCACAAACGAAGCUGCAACUCCCAAAAUGCCGCUUCGAAAGCAACCCAAAGAUCGAGUUCUCCUCUCCCAGCCUGCACCUGAAUUGCCCUCUAACUGGGAUCGUUACGGUGAAGAAAUUUCCGAAGCGUCCACUCAGGCUACGGCGCCAGUCCCCGAUGCCAUUUUGCCGAAGAGUAAAGGGGCCGACUACCGCCACCUGAUUGCCGAGGCUCGAUCGCAGAUGCAGUCAUGUACAUAUAUGGAUGUAUUCCCGUCUUUGGAUGAUUUUCUGCCGAGAGACUUAAUUAGUGGAGGAUCUGCUAUGCUUACGGUGAUGGGGGAAGGCAUGUUAUCCUGGACUGAGGAUGACAGUUUCAUCGUGGAUGAAAAAGCCACUGUUAAUCCUGAGGCAUCGUUUCUCUCGUUGAAUUUGCACACACUAGCUGACCAACUUCAAAAGUUAGAUGUGGCGGAGAGGCUCUUUAUCGAGGAAGAUAUAUUACCUUCAGAACUGCGUGCAGAUGGAAAGGCAGUCUGUGAUCAGCAGCCAUCCCAGAUGCAAAAAUCUGAUUAUCAAGAGCUAAUAAGAGAUAUCGAAAUAUCGUCUGACACAGAGUUCUAUGAGAAAGAAAACAUUGGACAUGGUGUUCGAGAUGCAACCAUGGCCUCGUCAUCUGGCUACUCUGGAAGUGUCCUUCAAAAUACAACCUUCACCUCAUCACCAACUUCAUCAAGUCAGGCUCCAAAGUACACAGAACAACCUAACACAAACGCCAACAAGAAGACUGCUAUGUUCGAAGCAACAACUGCAGAAGCAGAAUUGGAUAUGCUUCUAGGCUCAUUUAGUGAGACCAUAGUCCUCGACGGCUCUGCUGCUGCAAGUUGCUCGUCCCGCAUAGAUGAUAUUUUUAAAGCCUCGCCUCACCCUCCAAGCAAAGUUCCAUAUUCAGCAAAGAAGGCACCCAUUGCUGCAGAACUUGAUGAAGCCUUAGAUGACUUGUUCCAAGAUACAUCCUAUCUAACAUCUCAUAAAGAAAAGUCUGUCCCCAUUACCCAAUCUCUUUCACCCAAUUCUGGAACCAACUCCACUGCCAAGGAUGAUUUUGAUUCUUGGCUUGAUUCAAUUUGAGUUCUGUAAGUAAAAGAUUUUCUCACCCAUGUAACCUAAUUUAAUUUAUUGUGUAAAAAGUUAGUUUGUGCAUGGUUACCCUUUUCAAAAUAUGAGAAUGAGAAUAUUACAUCAUUGAGAUUUCAA